AUGCCGCGGAAAUGCUUGGCCAUUUUAUUGUAUCGUCUCGCUCGACAUCUUCUUAUCGGCGCAGCGCAGUCAGCAAUGUCUUCCUCGUCAAGCUCUUCAAACACCACCCCGGGAAAAUUGGAGUCUGCCGCCCUCUCGGAAAAAGUGCUUGAUCUGAACCUCGUUGAUUGGGAUGGCGACAAUGACCCUGAGCACCCCCGUAAUUGGUCAACUCGGACCAAAUGGGCAAAUAUUGUGAUCAUAUCGAUAUUGGCAUUGAUUACGAACAUGGCUCCUACCAUGUGUGCGCCCGGGGUGGCAGAGAUUGCUGCCGACCUCCACAUCACAUCGACAGUGGUCAGCACACUGGCCGUUACACUUUAUGUCCUGGGAAUAUCCAUAGGUCCGAUGUUUACCUCAUCGCUAAGUGAGAUAUACGGAAGGGUCCCGGUCUAUCACGGAACUACGUUCAUCUUCGUUGUCUUUAUCAUUGGUGGAGCCUUGAGCAAGACCACUGCCCAAUACAUGGUUUUCCGUUUCAUAUCAGGAUGCGCUGGUGGCACUCCUAUGGCGCUGGGUGGAGGCAGCAUUGCUGAUCUCACUACAGUUCAGGAACGGGCGAUGGCGAUGGCGUUGUUUAGUCUGGGACCACUUGCAGGACCGGUCCUCGGUCCCGUCAUUGGUGGAUUUGUUGCAGCCGGAAAAGGCUGGCGUUGGACAUUUUGGCUUCUAGCCAUUCUCGGAGGAGGAUUUGGCGCUAUAUCCGUCGUCCUUAUGCGUGAAACACAUCCCAAAGUUCUUCUCAGCCGAAGGACCGUUCGCCUACGCGCCACAACCGGCAACCAGGAUCUACACUCCAAGCUGGACAGCACUCUGUCCCCUAGUCAAGUUCUGUUGCAAGUUCUCGUUCGCCCUCUAAUGCUCCUGGUGCGAUCGCCAAUCUUAUUAGUCAUUUCUCUGUACGUGGCACUGGUAUUUGGAGUCAUGUACUUGCUCUUUACUACGUUCACUGGCGUGUUCGAGGGGCAGUAUGGCUUUUCCACGGCUAUCUCUGGGCUUACAUACUUGGGGCUUGGCGUGGCACUUCUAUUCAGCAUGUUCAUUUUCAACAUGUUCAAUGCUCGGGUUUUGGAGGCUCGUAUGAAGGCUGAUGGAGUGCAGCAGCCACGCCCUGAGUACCGUCUCAUCUUCAUGAUCUGGUUCAGUCCAUUUGUGGCAUUUGGUCUUUUCCUUUACGGUUGGACCGCAUACUAUCAGAUUCACUGGAUCGUACCCAUCAUAGGGACAUCCCUCAUGGGAUUCGGGGCUUAUUUUGUGAUCAUGCCCGCGCAACUGUACUUGGUGGAUGUCUUUGGGUCAGGGGCCGCUGCAUCAGCACUCGGUGCCAACAAUCUACUGCGUUACAUGUCUAGUACUUUCCUUCCUCUCGCUGGGCCAAGUAUGUACAAGACCUUGAAUUAUGGGUGGGGUAACUCAUUACUCGGAUUCCUUGCACUGGCUUUUCUUCCGGGCCCCAUCCUCUUUUACAAAUACGGAGAGCGACUACGCGCUAACACCAAGGUGGCGCUCUAG